CCGAAGCCGGGGGUCGCGGGCGGGCGGGCGCGCGCGCCCUACUGUUGGGUGGUGGCACCGCUGCGAGGGCGCGCGGGACACCUCUGCUGCGGGGAGGGGCGGCUGGCGGGCGGGCGCCUCGCAGUGUGUAGAAGGUUGCGGGUUGGGCCCUUCCUGCUCAGGUGACGUCCCCGGACCGCCGGGGCCUAGGCCUAGGGAAAAACCAACCAGCUUUGCGGUCUGCCUUGCGGCCCCGCUUCUUUGCGAAGCGGGCGAGAUUGCUGGAUCUCUAAGAAUGCGGUGUUCCGAGGCCCUUGUGCAGGGUGGGUGCUUGGGAGGUUGCUGUCCUGAUUCUGAAACUGAUCCCUGUUGGGUUUAUGAGAGCGGCGAACCCCCUCGACUUUACUCACCUUGUUUUGAUGCUUUGUGCUAGAGAGGGAAGGCAAAUCCUAGAAGGCCCUUCAGUGGUACCUGCUUUCUUGUCAUUAGAAAGUAAUUCUACUUGAGCACAAUUCCUACACGUCACCUCUGUGCGCUCCGGAAUGGGAUCCACUUCUUCGGACGCUGUGGAACCACCCAAGCUCUAAAAUGACACUUUAAAUCCUUAAACGCAGCCUUUCCCUCUAUGUGAGUGGGAGGGGCUUACUUGUAUUCUGUUAUGUUAAGGGCCCGCUAUUGCUCAGCCAAAAAGUUGCCGAAGCAAAAUUGAACAACCUGAGAAUCUUUUCUUGUUUUGUAAAUCCAAAGUUCUCCAGCAGAAAUUCCUAAAAUCUGCCUAUGUCUCACUUUUGAUGGAGGAUUUCAAUCCAUUUCAGCUCCCCGCCGUCCCCCCCCCCCCCCCCCCGCGCCUUGAAAUCCCAGCACUGUGUUCUGAUGCCAGGGGAGUUCUAGGUUUGUCCUAGAGAAAUGUGCACUUCUUUUUCCUAAGACAAAACAUCUGCUAGUUUAUAUUUUACAGUUUUGCUUCAUUAAGUUGAAGGAAAAAGAAACCAAAAGAAGCUAACAAAAUCAAUAAAAUUGAUAAUGAUGGGGUACUUUUUCCUAAUAUUCUGUAUUAUUUUAAGAACAAAGUUAAAAUUUAAUAAGAGGCUGAGGGUGGAAGGAACUUCUUUGUUCUAUCUUCUUCAGAAUGUUACAAGUCUUAAGAACUCAGGACAAGCAGCAGAAAUACAUGCAACAUGGUGACUGGAACCCUAAGGACUCUGCAAUAUGAAUAAUUCUCUGGAGAACACCAUCUCCUUUGAAGAAUACAUCCGAGUGAAGGCGCGGUCUGUCCCGCAACACAGGAUGAAGGAAUUUCUGGACUCACUAGCCUCCAAGGGGCCAGAAGCCCUUCAGGAGUUCCAGCAGACGGCUACCACUACUAUGGUGUACCAACAGGGUGGGAACUGCAUUUACACUGACAGCACCGAAGUGGCCGGAUCUUUGCUUGAACUUGCCUGUCCGGUCACUACCAGUGUUCAGCCACAAACCCAGCAAGAACAGCAGAUACAGGUUCAACAGCCACAGCAGGUUCAGGUACAGGUGCAGGUACAGCAGUCUCCGCAGCAGGUCUUGGCUCAGCAGCUCUCCCCGCAGCUCACCGUUCACCAGCCUGCUGAGCAGCCCAUCCAGGUCCAGGUGCAGAUCCAAGGCCAAGCAGCACAGCCGGCAGCCCCCUCCAUCCAGACCCCGUCUCUGCAGAGCCCCAGCCCCUCACAGCUACAGGCGGCCCAGAUCCAGGUGCAGCACGUGCAGGCAGCCCAGCAGAUCCAGGCUGCAGAGAUCCCAGAGGAGCACAUCCCACAUCAGCAGAUCCAGGCUCAGCUGGUAGCUGGCCAGUCUCUUGCUGGGGGUCAGCAGAUCCAAAUCCAGACUGUGGGUGCCCUUUCCCCACCACCGUCCCAGCAGGGCUCACCUCGGGAAGGAGAGCGACGGGUUGGCACAGCCAGUGUCCUCCAGCCAGUGAAGAAGCGCAAAGUGGACAUGCCCAUCACUGUGUCCUACGCCAUCUCAGGGCAGCCGGUGGCCACCGUGCUGGCCAUUCCACAGGGCCAGCAGCAGAGUUACGUGUCUUUGAGGCCAGACUUACUGACGGUAGACAGUGCUCAUCUGUACAGUGCCACUGGGACCAUUACUAGCCCUACAGGAGAAACUUGGACCAUCCCUGUUUACUCUGCCCAGCCCCGGGGGGACCCUCAGCAGCAGAGCAUUACCCACAUUGCCAUUCCCCAGGAGGCCUACAACGCAGUUCACGUCAGUGGCUCACCCACAGCCCUGGCAGCUGUAAAGCUGGAGGAUGACAAGGAGAAGAUGGUGGGCACCACGUCUGUAGUGAAAAACUCCCAUGAAGAGGUAGUGCAGACCCUUGCAAACUCUCUCUUUCCAGCACAGUUCAUGAAUGGCAACAUCCACAUUCCAGUGGCUGUGCAGGCCGUGGCAGGCACAUACCAGAACACAGCUCAGACUGUCCAUAUAUGGGACCCCCAGCAGCAGCCACAACAGCAAACCCCCCAGGAACAGACGCCGCCGCCACCACAGCAGCAGCAGCAGCAGCAGCAGCAGCUCCAGGUUACUUGUUCAGCUCAAACUGUCCAAGUUGCUGAAGUUGAACCACAGUCACAGCCACAGCCUUCCCCAGAACUUCUGCUUCCAAAUUCUCUGAAGCCAGAAGAAGGACUUGAAGUAUGGAAAAACUGGGCACAGACCAAGAACGCUGAGCUAGAGAAGGAUGCUCAGAACAGACUGGCACCCAUUGGGAGGCGUCAACUGCUGCGAUUCCAGGAAGAUCUAAUCUCUUCUGCUGUGGCUGAGCUGAAUUAUGGGCUUUGUCUAAUGACACGGGAAGCUCGAAAUGGAGAAGGUGAACCCUAUGACCCAGAUGUGCUAUACUAUAUUUUCCUGUGUAUUCAAAAGUAUCUUUUCGAAAAUGGACGGGUUGAUGACAUUUUCUCCGAUCUUUAUUAUGUUCGAUUCACGGAGUGGCUGCAUGAAGUUCUGAAGGAUGUUCAGCCUCGAGUCACUCCACUUGGCUAUGUCCUGCCCAGCCACGUGACUGAGGAGAUGCUGUGGGAGUGCAAGCAGCUGGGGGCUCACUCCCCUUCCACCCUGCUGACCACCCUCAUGUUCUUUAACACCAAAUACUUCCUGUUGAAGACAGUGGACCAGCACAUGAAGCUGGCCUUCUCCAAGGUCUUACGACAGACAAAGAAGAACCCCUCUAAUCCUAAGGAUAAAAGCACGAGUAUUCGGUACCUGAAGGCACUUGGGAUACACCAGACUGGCCAGAAAGUUACAGAUGACAUGUAUGCAGAACAGACGGAAAAUCCAGAGAAUCCACUGAGAUGUCCUAUCAAGCUCUACGAUUUCUACCUCUUUAAAUGCCCCCAGAGUGUGAAAGGCCGGAAUGACACCUUUUACCUGACGCCCGAACCGGUGGUGGCCCCCAACAGCCCAAUCUGGUACUCGGUCCAGCCUAUCAGCAGAGAGCAGAUGGGACAGAUGCUGACUCGGAUCCUGGUGAUACGAGAAAUUCAGGAGGCCAUUGCAGUGGCCAACGCAAGCACCAUGCACUGAGAUCCUUCAGCCAUGGUGCAAGGGAGACCAUCCAGGAAAAAACGGACAGACUUUCACACUAAAGAAGAGGCCUCCAUUUUUUUCUUUUCUUUUUUUAUUGGUGUAGUUAUGAAGCCUUUCAGACUGCUUCUGUUUAAAAUGUAAAAGGAAACUUUGCCCCCUGUGCAUCUUCAUAAACCUGCUGUGGCAGACUCCUCAGCCCAUGGGGGCUCUGGGUUUCCUGAGAGCCAGAUGUCCUAGAAAGUUGCUGGCUGACUUUUUUUUGGUCUGGGGCCAGGGAAAGGGCUUGGACUGUUAGGAGAAAUGUGGCCCCUUCCCUUCCUCUAGAAAGAUUGAAUUAAUGAUGGAUGGACCCUACAGGGAAUCUCCCCAGCUGGCUUCCAUGUUGGCAGACUUCGCUGACCACAGGGGAGCCAUAGUCUUUUUCUUUCUUCAUGCUGAGACAUAAACGUAGCAUCUUAAUGGAAGGAAAAUGAGGGGAACUUCAAUUAUGAUUUAUUAAAGACAAUUUCUAUUACACCCUCCUUUAUGACAAGUGACAUUUUAGAUGUUAAAGUAAAAACUUUACCAUGCCUUUUUUUUUUUUUUUUUUUUUUUUUUUUUUGGCCUAACAUUGAGGCCUUAAACCUGAGGCUCCUGUGCCUGAUGGAAUUCUUGUAACAUACACUUGUGUAUCAUAUAAAGAUACCACUCUGUUUCUCUUAUGUAUUCUUAAUCUAGUUGUUUAUUAAGAAUGACAAGCACGUCUUUUCAACA